UCAGUCCUUGGGCUGAUGCUCUAACCACUGAGCCAAACCAGCUAGGGCAAAACAAACACAUCUUAACCUAAGUCUAGCACAGAAAACAAACAAACAAAAACAGUUAAAAAAUAGAUACAAGUAUUUCUGCUACUUUUCUUUUAGUCAAAGUUUGGCCUUUUUUCUGAAAGAUUACAAGAUUAUAAAGCUAUUGACAUGACAAGGACCUUAAAAAAGAAACACAGAUCAAUGAGAAUUCUUCAUUUACUUCAUUAGCAUAUCUAUUUUAAAAAAAUCUGUACUUAUAAAUUCCUUUAUUCAAAAUGUGUUCAGUCUUUGACAAUUAGAUAACAAUAAGCUAGGGGCAGGUAUGCUUCCAUGAAAGGACAGGAUCCCUGCUAUUGCGGUGCCAAUGGUCUCCUGGGGGAGACAGGAAUUUUCAACUGCUCACUGUAACUCAGUGGAAAAGGCCCUAGGCCCUACCAAAGACCUAUGUACAAUGUGCUGAGAAACACACAAGGAGCUUGCCCAAUUCUACAAGACACGUCAGGAAAGGCUCCCAGGGAGACUUAAGCUGCUACGUCAAGGGGACAGUGCUUUUCAGGUUGGGGUUGCAUAUGGCACUGGGGGUACAGGACAGCACACAGACAGAGAGACACAGACAGAUACACACACACACACUCCAGACAAAGGAAACACACUGUAUAUGUAAUUUCCCCCCUUACUUAUAGUAUAAAAUAUUUGUUCUUUAAAAUUAAGCCUGUAGUAGGCAGUUAAUAAUUCUUUAAAAAAAAUAACAUGUUAGGCGCUGGGGAUAUAGGUAGGAAUCAAUGAUCUCAGAAUUCACAGUAUAGCAGGGUAAACAGAUUAGUGUGAUAAGCACUAAAAGAGAGGUAUGUACAAAUUGCUGUUGGGCCUGGGAAGGGAGCAUCUGGGGUAAGGGGUGAGCAGGACAAAUUUAGAGGUGACAUUUGAACUGGGUCUCAAAAGGGCAGAGGGAUCAGCAAAUCAAACACCCCAGGCACACAGUUUUGUUUACCUGACAAGUGCAACUUCAGGGGAGGUGGGAAUACAUUGCCUAAGAGAUGAGGAUUGAAAAGGAGCCAGUAGCCAGAUCAUAAGUGAUCUCUAGAGCUUUCAAAUGUGAGACUCACAGGGUCAAAGGUAUGUUUAAGAAACAUAUCUUUGGUAACAACAUAGGAAAGGAAUGGAGAGAGACUAAGACAUCACUCACUGAGAAAUUUCUACCCACCAAGUGCUCUGAUUCACCUCACUAUAAUCCUAGAAGGCAUUUUACAGGAAACUGAGGCUUAGAGAGGCUAACUGGUCACAGCUAGCAAGUUGCAGAGAUGUAAUUAAAAGCUAGGCUUUUCCAGUUCCAAAAACAACACUAGUAGCCACAGCACUGUACCACCUUCUUUUAGAAAGAAGGGGACAUAGAUGAAUCACAGUGAUAUUUGGGGGGGUAGAACCUGCUGCUUUAAAAAUAUCUUGAAAAGCUGGAAUUCUUUUAGUUCUAGUCCAAUGAGCUAUUAUAGUUCACCUUUACUUAGUACUAUUCCCCACCAGCUGAAAACAGUGAAUUUUGAAGUACAUACUUAUAAAACAUUUCAGAAAUGUGUGUAUACAGACCUGGAUUCUUCCAUUCUCUUCUAGGAAAUCCUUACCUCCAAACUCUGAAGACUGGCUUCCUACGGAGGCUACGUGAAGGACCAGGACAAAGAAGAUCGUUUGCAUAUCUUACAAUUAAAGACAGAAUACCACAGAUCUUAACCAAGGCUAUUGAUACACUGCAUCGACAUAAAAGUGAAUUUUUUGAGAAACAUGGAGAGGAAGGCACAGAAGCUGAAAAGAAAGCUAUUUCUCUGCUUUCUAAAUUGCGGAAUGAAUCACAAACAGAUAAGCCAAUUAUCCCCUUGGUUGAGAAGUUUGCUGAUACCGACAUAUGGAAUCAGUACCUAGAAUAUCAACAGAGUCUUUUAAAUGAAAGCGGUGGAAAACCAAGAUGGUUCUACUCACCAUGGCUGUUUGUAGAAUGCUACAUGUACCGUAGAAUUCACGAAGCUGUUAUCCAGAGUCCACCAAUCGAUGACUUUGAUGUGUUUAAAGAAUCGAAAGAACAAAACUUCUUUGAGUCGCUGGAAUUUAUCGAGGCUUUAUGUGUUCACCUGCAAGAGUUGAUAAUAACGAUUGAAGACCUAGAUGAAAGUCAGCUGAAAAAUGAGUUUUUUAAACUUCUUCAGAUUUCACUGUGGGGAAAUAAGUGCGAUCUGUCUCUAUCAGGUGGGGAAACCAGUUCCCAGAAGACCAAUAUAAUACAUUCUUUGGAAGACCUAAAGCCUUUCAUUUUAGUGAACGACAUGGAACGUCUUUGGUCACUGCUUAGCAAUCUCAAGAAAACAAGAGAAAAAGUAUCUACUAUUAGAGUGGAUAUUGUUCUGGAUAAUUCUGGGUUUGAACUUGUUACAGAUUUAACAUUAGCAGACUUCUUGUUGUCUUCUAAACUGGCUACUGAGAUCCAUUUUUAUGGAAAAAUGAUUCCAUGGUUUGUUUCUGAUACUACUAUACAUGAUUUUAACUGGUUAAUUGAACAAGUAAAACAUUCUAAUCAUAAGUUAGUAUCCAAGUGUGGGAAUGACUGGGAAAACUAUGUUAAAAUGGGCAGAUGGGUUUACCACGAUCAUAUAUUUUGGACACUGCCUCAUGAAUUCCAUGCAAUGUCUCAGGUUGCUCCUGACUUAUAUGCUGAACUACAAAAGGCACAUUUAAUUUUAUUCAAGGGUGAUUUGAAUUACAGGAAGUUGACAGGUGACAGGAAGUGGGAGUUUACCGUUCCAUUCCACCAGGCUUUGAAUGGCUUCCAUCCUGCCCCUCUCUGCAGCAUACGAACAUUAAAAGCUGAGGUUCAGGUUGGUCUGCAGCCUGGGCAAGGUGAACAGCUCACAGCUUCUGAGCCCAACUGGCUGACCACUGGGAAAUAUGGAGUAUUUCAGUUUGAUAGUCCACUUUGACUUGGGCUAGGAACUCUGAGUUUGGAGAAAGAUCUGACAGGCACAUUUCAUCCUUAGAAAAGCAGUGUGUGAAUUUAGUUCUUGACUGCUUUGUGUUAGCUCUGAGAAGCUUGGCUUCUCGGUGCUCAGUUACAUACUCUGGAUGCCUUUUCCUUUGAACAUUUUGCCCCAUCCAUUGUUUUGGGGAGAGAUGGGUUAAGCUAGUUACAGGUAUUUACAUUUAUGUUGGAAUCUUAGUAACUUAUUUCAGGUUAAAUGCAUACUUCAAGUGGUUUUCAUGAGCCUAUUUUUAAUUGGGCAGAAAGCAAAAUAUAAGUGAAUAAGUUAACUUUUUUUUACUUUUAUGCUGCAUGGUAUUUAAUAUCCUGGGAAGCAUGGAAUUUUAUUUAACUUGAUUUGGGGCUCUAGAAAUGAGGGCUCUGUGAAAAUACACAUCUUAAAUGUGCUUUGUAAAGAGGCAUUUCUCACAACUGUGAUAUUUGAGCACAUGAAAGUAAAGCUUACCUCAUAAGUUAAUUAUAAUUUUGUUCUUAAAUUUUAUUUCAUUUCAGUAGCCUGUUUUAUUUGCCUGCAUUUGCAUUUUGAUUGGAAUGGAUGGUAGAGGCCACAAAAUUGAGCAAAAUGAAAUAAAUGGUAUUUGAAGAAAAAUGUAAUACCUUUUACAUUCUAUUUAUGAUCAACUGAAAUGUAUUUUAACACGUUUUAAAUGAACAUUUUAGAUUGCUCGGCAGUUUUAAAAAAUGCUUUAGAUAGAAAAGAUUCUUGUGCAUUGAAUUGGGAGUACUACCAAUGAGUUGAUUCAUUUUUUUAUAUUCUCACACAUUUAUUGGUGAUUGCCAGAUAUUAAAAACAAUAAGUUUCAGGUCAGUUUGUUUUGAAACUGAAAUUGGAAAUAAACCUGGAAAUGUUUUCUUGUGCAUGAAUAAUAAAAUGAAUUGUUCUGAGA